AUGAUGGAUUUGACAAAGAUGCUCAAUAACGACGCGGCGCCGCCGUCGCGGCCCCAGCAUCAACAGCAACAGCAACAGCAACAGCAACCUCAACACCAGACCGUGCGACAACCAUUAACACCCAUUCAAACCGCUGCGCAACCUCCCUACCGCGACUACAACCAGAACACACCUUCGACGGCCGUACCAACCAUGCACAUGUCGCCGGACGGAGGAUACUUUUCACACCAACGCCCUCAAGCGCAGACACCGGGGGGAACACCGGGUUACGCACACCCUCAAUCGCCGUAUAUGACUCAACAGUCUGUUGCCCAAACACCAGGUGGCACCCAAAUGUUUGCACAACCGCAGUCUCCGUAUCUUUCGCAGCCUCCUAUGCCCCCGGCUGCCCAGCCGCGGCCGGCCCGACAACUAUCCUUCCCUCGAAACAUUGCUCCACAGUUCAACACCCCCAGCACCAAUCCUUCACAAUCGCCACCGAUGGAAACACCAGCCAAACGCAAGUUUGAAGCGGACCACCAACCUCAGCGACCUCCACCUUCGGCCCGACGCAAGAUGCCACGCCGAUACACGGAGAAGCCUGCUUGGGCGCGCACUCUGGACGAGUGCAAGAACGAAGCGAGGGCGCGUGGAGAAGAGUUCGAGCUCAAGAGCUACAACCUCGAUCUGAGAAAAAUCGUCCACCCGGAAGAGAGGCACCAGCGUGAGAAGACGGCCGAGAGGCCUGCCAGUAGACAUGCAUCCCCAGAGAUCUCUCGUGCGAACGGUUCCCGUCCUGGACCAGCGCCGGCGUCCGCACCACAUCCUACCCCUGCUGCUCCAGAGGUCACGACGAUAAGAGAUUGGGAGCCAUCCAUCAAGGGCUUCCGUCCGACCGACCCGACCGUGAAGACUAUCGCGGACUUUGUUGUCCAGAAUGUCAUCAAAAACGAGGAUAUGGAGCAAAUACUGUCUCGAAAGAUCCAGUUCGAAAUUGAAGCGAAGUUAGGAUGGGUGAUCGAUAAGCACACUGAUCAAAGACUCGGUAUACCUGGGCUGGAUGAGAUUGUCCUUGAUGGAGAUAGGAUAGAUAAUGCAUUCAGGAGUAGCAUGACUGAGCAACAACAUAAAGGUUACAACGAAUAUCUCAACGGCAUAGUCGCAGAGACAUUUCACCGCAACCCGGAAGCACAGGGACGGGUACCGGUUAUUUACAAGCACACGAGGGAAAUAGACAGGUUUUUUGAGCUGCCGCAAGAACUCGAGGCUCGUCUACCGGAUAUCGUCCGGCGUUAUAGCAGGCAUCGAGUCAAAGUACGAGCAACCUAUGUGCGUGAAGGGCCAGAGCUGGUGCCUCUUCGCCAGAUAGUAAAGGCGCGGCUUGCCGACCUUAGCAUUCAUUUCCCCCGCGCCGCUCACGACUGUCGCAUCAGUAUCAACCUUGAAAUGCCCUGGGAAGGCACAAUCGAAGAGCUCGAACGGUUUGGGAUUAGAGACAGAAGGUCACCCGACCGGAACAAGGACCGCCUGAGCUAUACCCAAGGUCCCUACCAGAUCGAUCUCACACAGGUCACGCAGGAAGCCGCAGGCGGCGGUAUGCGAAAAGAGCACGAGCUCGAAGUGGAGCUCUCUGGCGACCGGGUGUUGCAACAGGGCCAAUUGAUGAUGAAGGGAGCUCGACAUGACUAUAUACCUCUUAUAGAAGGUUUCUAUAACAACGUACAGUUGUUGGCUCAUGUUGGGGUUUGA